UGAAGGUGCAGAGCAUUGGCCUCUGCGAAAAGCUCCGCAGCGUGCAGAACAUUGGUGUCUGCUAGGGAGUCCUGAAUUUCAUUUGAAGUUUUGUUGAGGCAUUGUCGCUCACCUGCGACACCGUCCCUUGGAAAUGGCGUCUGGAUUGCCAAAGAAGACACCAACACCUCGUCUUUUGUCCAGGGAAGGGCUGAAGCCUAAUGCUCUGCUUCCCUCUAAGUUCCAGAGGGAGAAGUUUCUCAGCAGGAAGAAGGAGGCCAGCACUGGGGGGAGUAUUCUGCCCAGAAUUGGCCCAUUUCUAGACAGGAGUGAGACUCGCCCAAAGAUUCUUCACGUGGUGAAGGUCUCCAUGGAGAGCUCACCUUACUUCCAGCUGGUGAGCUCCAGCGAUGCGUACCGUGCCGUGCCGCCGGGCGCCUCUGUCCCUGUGCGCAUCCGCUUCACCCCCAGCAAGAACAAGGAUUAUUGCCACGAGCUGGUGUGCCUCACUGCCAGGGAAAGGAUCGUUGUGCCAAUUCGGGCCAUUGGUGCCCGAGCUGUGCUGGACUUCCCUGCCCAGCUGGACUUCUCCAAGUGUCCAGUCAAGGUCAGCACCCAGCAGACUCUGCUGGUGCGCAAUGUCGGUGCCCGGGCAGCUCGGUACCAGCUGAGCACCCAGAGGUGAGGCAGCUCAUCUGUCCCUGUGCAAACACCUUUGGGUGAGAGUGGAGUUGGGAAAGAGCUACAGAAGGAACCAAGCAUCGGAUCUGCUGCCCUGCAGCCUGGCUGGGAGUGAGCAGGAUGGAAGGCAUCUGCUCUUGCUUUCAGUGGCCUUGGAGCUUUCUCUGUCCCAGAUUUCCUGGAGGCUGCUGGAACAUGCUGGGAGCUGGCUUGCACCCUGCUGAGCACAAGCAGCUUCUGAAAUGCUUCCUCAGCACUGUCAGCCAAGCAGAGCCAUUCUCUGGGAGGCCACAGGCACGUGGCUUUGCAGUGGUCCUGGAGGGGGCCUGUGGAAAUCAUCUGAGCAAACACACUGCUCAAAGCAAGAGCAGUGUCUGGGGGUUGCAAGGUGCCAUUGGGAGACAUGGACCUGUCUUUAGAUGCCAUACAAGAAAACAAACAUGUCAAUGGACCUAGUUAUAAAAGCAGAAGAAAACAACCUUUUAAAACCCCCUCCAUACCUUAUCUUUUCUGCCUGUCAGGUGCAGUAGUGAUUCAUUGAGAGGAU